GUUUAUUUAUUUUUUAAAAAAUAUAAAAAAUACCCGAUUAGGAAAUACUUGUAAAAGCUUUUCAUUGGAAUUUCCCUGAAAAAAAAAAAGAGGGGGCGGGGACAAGGGGGGCUAUUAUUGAGCAUGAAUAAAGAAGUACUAAAUUUAAAGAUUAUUAUUCUCGGUAACAGUGGUGUAGGAAAAACUGCCUUGAUCAACAGAUACACAAAGAACAAGUUUGUACCUCAAGCCAAUGUCACUAUCGGAUCCGACUUUCUCUGUAAACUUCUAACAGUCAAUGAUCAACUACUCAAUCUUCAGAUCUGGGACACAUUUGGACAGGAAAAACACAAUGCCCUCUCGGGUGCCUAUUAUCGUAAUGCAGAUUGUUGUAUCCUCGUGUGUGAUUUAAAUGAUAAAUCAAGCAGUGAUAUGUUGGAUCAAUGGUACGCUACGUUGAUCGGAAGCACGUGUGAGAAGAGUGCAGGUCCCAUCCCUAUUGUUGUUGUCGGUAACAAGAUCGAUGUUGAUCUAAAAAAGAGAAGGGUCACCAUGGAUCAUAUAAUGAAAUCCUUUGAUGACAAUACACCAUGCUAUGAAACAUCUGCAAAAGAUUCAAUUAAUGUGGACGAAUUAUUCUUUACUGUCGCAAAGAAAGCAUUAGAGCAACACAGAAAUGAUGAAGCCUUUUCAUCAAGUACAAUAGAUAACCUCAUAAAAAUUAUGGAAACAGAUGAAAAACUAUUUAGCCAAAAGGGAAAAAACAAGAGUAAUUGUACUUGUUAA